CUGAGUGCUGGGCAUGUGAUCCGAGACGAUCGUUGAGCCUGAACUGCUGUGUCACUGCAGCCUUGGGAGUGAGCCAGAACAGUUGUUUGAAUGAAAGUGCAAGUUUUCGAGUGUGCGUGCGGCGGGUGUUGCCCACUGAGUGGCGAAUGUGUUGGUCGAUGACGCCGAUGAUGCAACUACAGUAUGUCAUCAACAUGUGCUUCCUACCUCGCCUGCCCACUGCCUUUCCUGUCGCUCAUUGGCCCUCUCUGGUCACGUGACCCAUGCUCCACUUCUGUCCUUCCCAUGGAAGGCUCAGGCGGUGCCGUUUCGCUUUGGGGAUGACGCUCAUUUGUUCUGUGUGUAUGUAUAAAAAUACGUGCGGCAACAGAGAGGCAGACAACGUACAAUCGUCAGGACCGGAGAAAGCUGCAGUAAGCUUGAACGAGAAAAUGGCUCAGGGAAGUAAACGGAGAGGGAAGCAGACAGAGAAGCCUGUAGAAAAUGACAGAGCGAGGAGGUUAAGAGGGACAGAGAAAGACCAAAGUAGGAGAGGAAGUCAGUCCUGUCAAAGAAUGGCAAAGUCUGCAAAUGGUCAGUAAUCUAAGAGAAUUACGGUAUACUAGGCAGCAGCUUACAGUGCUCUGCCUUGGAGGAGGCAGCCAUGUUUUUCCUUCUCCUACACCUGGCUGCGGACGUGUGCCGAACCCCAGCGAUUAUUGAGAAGAGGAGCGACUCCACAAGGCCAAUCAGCCACCAAGUAGGCGAGAGGAAGUGCUGGACAGUGAUAACGACAGCGAUGGUAGAACGAUGGUGAGGAGCCAACAACGGGCAGUGCGAUCUUGGCCUGGCGGAGCCUCACGGACAGGACAAGAUGACACGGCUCGUGCGUUUGCAAAUCCAAUGGGUUUGUCACCGGCAGUCCACGUAGAAGCAGUCACAAGAAUAACCAAGCAACUCUUUCUUCUGUCAUCUUUCAUAAAGCCAGAGGAACUCCAUAGAAUUCCCACUUUGCGCUGAUGCAAUCCUCAGUAUCUCCUUGCUCAUACCCCUUUUUUAUCCUGCUCCUCAUCCUCGCCGAUCUCAAAGUGUCAACCAAUUUGCCCUCUCCCCCUUUCCACCAUGUAGUUUGAUCUCAAAUUGCCGUCUUUCAUCUGAUCUCGGUUCCCAUGUUGCGGAAUGAAAAGAUUGUAUCCAAAAAAAAAUUCUUUUCCUCUUUCUCCGUUCAUUUUUGGAGGAAGGGCUAGCAAGUCCGACAACAACCUCACUCCCACUUGUGCAGCUGUACUUCAGGAUCGACUGCAGGUUUCACGCGAGGAACUAGCGGAGAUGGAAAAAUCAGCCUUGGUCACUACGUCCCUCGCCAUGGGCUCCGGCGAAAGAGGAUAUAAUCGGAAAUAAAACAACAGUUGCAGGAGGCAUACUCAAGCAAUGCAGUGUUGCUUUUUCCUGUGGCUUCCACUGAUGGGUGAAAAUGUGUGUCCAAAAGGCAAUGCAUGAAAUCAGACAAAACCAGUCUUAAGCAGGAUUGAAAUAGACAAAGCUUCGGUAAAGCUUUCUAUGUGACAAAUGAGAGUGGAGUGCAUGGAGCUGAAGGGAGUCACUGCUGCUGUUUCCUCGUGACUAUAGCCCACAGCGCUUUCUGUUUCUGUUCACUGCACGCUCCUCCAUUCCAUCGUACGUGCCCACUGUGGCUCAGAUAAUGGCCCCUCGCUCUGCACUCACAGGAGAGAGAGAGAGAGAGAGAGAAAGAGAGAGAGCGAGAGCAGAGGAGAUGGAUGUAAAAGCUGCAUGAGAGGAAGGGGAGUAGAGCGAGGGCAAGAGAGAGAGAGAGAGAGAGAGGUAGGGGGGAGGGUGUUGACUGAGAAGCCGACUGCAUGUGCAGCCGAGAGAAAGAAAGAGGAUAUUGAAAAAGGGAAGGGAGGAGCAGACAGAGAUAAUGAGAAAAGAAGAGGGAGAGAACGGAAAGUGGCAGCCAUAAGGGGAAGCGAAGAGAAUGACGAAGGCAUGCGCCGUGUUAGGGGGAGGUGUGUGUGGUUGGCCGUGUGUGAAUGCACGCAUGUGGAUUUUGCUGCUCACGCUGUCUGACUGGAUAAAAUAAGGCGGAAUAUAACAUAACACUUUCCGAUUGCUUGUGUGCUCUUUUGACACUUCAACAUUGCUCAUGCUCCUCUCCGCCGGCUCCUCUGCUUUCUGCUCUCCAUCCAGUAUCUCUGUCUGGACAUCUAGCACCACGUAAGUUGUCCUUGAGUUCUCGUCAUAUUGUCAGGAUUUCUGCUUCGUGGUCCUUCUGGGCAGCAUGCCAACCGUGGAACGGGCGAGGGGAGGGGGACAAGAAGGAGGAUGGCAAGUGUUGUGAAUCAGGGGUUCAGGUUCAGCUGUCUCCUCAGUGGCUGAAGCCCCUUAGCAACACCACUCUUUAUAUGCUUUGUCUCCUCCCUCUUUCAAUUUCAUUGUCAGUGUCAAUUGAACUGAAGAGUUGCGUCGGAUUUAAAGGGCUCCUGAGGUAUUUUCCCUCCUCUCGGACACUUUUGGAUGCUUGCCAAGAUGUGCGUGCGUUUGUCUGACAGAGAGAGGGAACGUUCGGCCAUAGUGUAAAUAUUACAUCAAAUGUCACGUUGCGUGUACGGUGGGAGUCAUUCAGAUAGUGUCAGUAGUGAAUUUCCAGCAGUGACAAUCAGUCACGUCGAAUAAAACCUGAACCGUCACGGUGUAUUGCGAUACUAGUUGGAAGAUGUUGCUCAAACAAAGUCCGUCUUUUCUGCUCCAUCUCGACUUAUGCCUCUCGCAUUGCAUUUGCAUGAUUACACUGUGAGAAAAAGAGGAAAGGAGCGUUUUAGUGAGCAAUAGUGUGUGUGAUAGCGGGACGUUGCAGUCAUUCUGUUUCGACACACUGCAGUUCUCAUAACAGCCGCACACGGCCCCCACCCCCUUCCUCUUUCCCGUCUGAUGCCGCUGAUAGUGCAGACAUGGGGCCUCUCACGUAAUGCCUGCCUGCUGUUCGCUGCCACCCCCGCCAACCCGCUCUUUUCUAACCCCAAACCACCUCUUAGCACUGCCAUCACCACCCCCUGGGAUCCUCAUCAGACUCACAGCACAGAAGACUGUUCACGAAGUCACUUCAUUGGAUGGCCCCAGAGGUGGAGACCAGAUGGAAAUUGGGUCACAUGACUGCCUCCAGGAAGGCGUGCUGAGCCUGGACCUGUCCAAUAGGGUGAAUUGCUACCCCAAUGAUGAUGAGGCAGCUACAGAAACAGAGCAGAAGAGAGCAGCAGGUGUACCUCCAAGGCAGUGCUGGGUGCCAACACAUGGUAAAGAGCAACAGCAACCAUUGUUGAAACAUAACAGCGGUGCAAACCCAAGUGAACCUGUCCACCAUGUGGAUAUGGAGGAUGCUCACAAUCUGGUCACUUUUUCUGCUACUGCCGGUACCUUACCUCCUUCCUCCAUCUCUUCCUGCAUCCAAGUGCAGCCUGACACAAUGCAGCUGUAUGAGAAAUUCACCCGGGAAAUGGGUGCUGGUGGGGCUCGGGUCGGACACUCUGCAGUGGCUCCUGACACAAGUCACCAACCGGCAGAAGACAUGAAAACCCUGCAGACAGCACUGAACCAUGCAAAGCAUGGUCACAAGCCUCCUAACUGCGACUGUGAUGGGCCUGAUUGUCCAGACUACCUUGAGUGGCUGGAGAAAAAAAUUAAGUUGGCAACCAGUGAGAACCAAGAUACCAGCAAGACGACUGAUUGCCCACAUUUAGAGCCUAACAUUCAGCAAUCGCAUCUGCAGAAUCAGCCCUAUCUCCUAGUAAACGGGGGCCACCACCACCUGACUUCUUCGUACCCCCAGCAACAACAACGAACAAAAGCUUCUCAUGCUGGUCAAGUACCCUGCUCAAAACUUCCUCCCAUCCCCUGCUCUCCCCAGGUGCUCUCUAUAGCCAAGGAAAGGAACGUCAGUCUUCAAACAGCUAUUGCCAUAGAAGCCCUUACACAGUUAUCUGGGACUGGGACUCAAGGUCCUGGUCCUCCAAGCCAAGCCCUCCUUAAUAAUAACCUCCACCAACAAACCCAAAACCUCUCAUCGCCACUUCCAAAUUGCACUAACAUGAUUCCAUCCACUGCAGUCACCUGUCCAUUGUCACGCUCUCAGUCCGUCCCUCCAGGAUUACUCACUGACCAGCAGGCAGCAGUGUCCUGUGAGCACCACAGGCCCCAUUCACAGGGCCAGCCCCCCCAUGCUUCUACCUCUCCCUUCCCAGGUCGGGGAAAUCCUCAAAAUUAUGGCCGGAGUCCCCAGCGGUGGCUGCACGGCACAUGCGGAGGGUCUGAAGAGCACCUGUCCCACUAUGCUGGUGCACCUCACAGUAGGUCAGACCCAGUGUCAGAGCUCAAACAGCUGUUAGGUGCCACCAGUGGAAAGUUGAUAAAUGCAUCUUUCAAACUUCCAUCCACACAGCAGCACAGCGAAAAUGGAGGCGUGCAGGCACAGGGCCAGCCAUCUUUGCCCAGGAUAAAGCAAGAGGCAGACUUGAGUGAUCAUUCUUUCACCAUGGGACAUUACAAUAUGGAUAAUGGUCAGUUGCAGGCUCGCCACUACCCUGGUACUUCCACAUCUCCUGGUCAAGCAGCCAUUAGACACUCAACUCAGGCAGCUCUGCAACAGCACCUUCACUACAAGAGGAACCUAUUCUCUAAUCAUUCCCCUGGCUUUGGCGCACCAGGCCCCGUGGCUUAUCAAAACGUAAAAAAAUGGUGGCCACAGAUGGAAGCCAAUGGUUUCAAUCAUCUGAGCAUAAAACAAGAGCUCAAGGAACCCAAGAGGAAAAAAAUCAGCCAAGGAUCUCCUGUCAUCAAAGUUAUGAGUGGGAUGUUCCCAGGCCCUCUCCUUCCUAAACCCAAACAGAUUAUAAUCAAGAAGAGCAAGCAAAAAGCCUCUGUGCCAACUUUCCUGCCUAAGAGUCAGAUAACUGUGGAAAAAACAUCAGUACAUAUGACAGGCCGAGCCAACACCCUGAAUAACCUACAGCCAGGUUCACUGCCCCUUUUGCCCUCCCACAGCAACUCCACUCAGGCGACUGUUGCAGGCCUCCCUGCCCCAGCCCAAUCUCAGGUAUCAAUUUCCAACCUCUCAAUGGCUCCCUCUUCCACUACUUCUGCUUUGUCAUCGAACAAUCCCACCCUCAUUGGCUUUGUGCCUCCACCGAUGGCCCAUGCACACCAUGCUAAGUCAGAGGAAGUGUGUAAUUUAUUCAAUAGUAAUGCUAGCACUGCCUCAGCUCUGACCUCCACAUCACUACCAACCACCUCACAUUUACCAGGUCUCAUAAACAUAAACCCUAAAUAUGAAGAACUGAUCCUGCAGUUUGAAGCAGAAUUUGGGGACUCAGCUGCAGACAUACCUUCCAUCGAGGCCAUGCCUGAGACAGCUACAGCUUCUCAGAUCAUGAAUCAGUCCUUGACCGAUGCCCAGGAUCUUACAUCAUCAUCUACCACCAAGAAUCAGUUAUCAUUCCGUCACAUUUCUGAGUGCAGCUCCACACCUCAUACAAAAAAAAAGGAAAUGGAUGACAAAAAAGAUGAGUCUGAAACCCAAAGUGAAGUUACCUCAAACGAAGCGUCCACGGUGACCCCAAUGCUGGAGCAGCAGGAGCCCCAGUCCACCAUCUCCCAACAUCAGGAGUCCCCACUUGAUAAGCAUCCACAACAUAGUCAGAUACAGGAAACGUUCAACAUACCAUGUUCUCCCAUGCCUAAACGAAUGAAAAUUGAAACCACAGGUGAUAUAACUGUUCUUUCCACCAAUUGCUACUCUGAGGAGGACACACCCACUAAGGAUGGCCUGCCCCGCUCUCCAUCUUUGAAAGGGUUCUUAGAGUCCCCCCUAAACUAUUUAGACACCCCUACAAGGAGCUUGUUGGAUACACCUUCUAAAGAUCUACAAGCAGAAUUCCCCACCUGCACCUGUGUUGAACAAGUCCUGGAGAAAGAUGAAGGGCCUUACUACAAUCACUUGGGAUCUGGACCUACCGUGGCAUCCAUAAGAGACCUAAUGGAGACACGGUAUGGGGAGAAAGGAGAUGCCAUCCGGAUAGAAAAAGUGGUCUACACAGGCAGAGAGGGGAAAAGCUCAAGGGGGUGCCCAAUCGCUAAAUGGGUGAUUCGACGUGGGAGUGAGAAAGAAAAGCUCUUGUGUCUGGUGCGUCAUCGUGCAGGCCACCAUUGUGCCAAUGCAGUCAUCAUCAUUCUAAUCAUGGCAUGGGAAGGUGUCCCAAGGUCUAUGGCUGACACAUUGUACCGUGAGAUCAGCGACACCCUCACCAAAUUUGGCAACCCUACCAGUAGACGCUGUGGCCUCAAUGAUGAUCGUACAUGUGCGUGUCAAGGCAAGGACCCUGACACUUGUGGCGCGUCCUUUUCCUUUGGCUGUUCUUGGAGUAUGUACUUUAAUGGUUGUAAAUACGCCCGAAGCAAAACACCGCGCAAGUUCCGGCUACAAGGAGAGCGCCCUGAAGAGGAGGACAAACUCAGGGAUCAGUUCCAGAAUCUGGCCACCGAAGUGGCUCCCUUGUACAGGAAGUUGGCUCCUCAGGCCUACAGUAACCAGUGUCAAUCAGAGACAAAGGCUUCAGACUGCAGGCUGGGUUUGAAGGCGGGCAGACCAUUCGCUGGAGUCACCGCUUGCCUGGACUUUUGCGCCCACGCCCAUAAGGACCAGCACAACCUUUACAAUGGUUGCACAGUGGUGUGCACUUUGACCAAGGAGGACAACCGCAUGGUGGGGGAGAUUCCUCAGGAUGAACAGCUCCAUGUGUUGCCCCUCUACAAAGUCUCCACCACUGAUGAAUUCGGCAGCGAGGAGGGCCAGCGCCUCAAAAUGAAGACGGGAGCCAUUCAGGUGCUUCAGGCUUUCCGCCGAGAAGUACGCAGGUUGCCCGAACCAGCCAAGUCGUGUCGACAGCGCCGCUUGGACGCCAAGAAAGCUGCAUCAGAGAAGAAGAAGAGUAAACUCCAGCAGCAGGCAGCAGAAACACCAGAGAAAAAGACAGUGGUCAAUGCUGAAGUAUGUUUCAGUGAGUCUCCUCAACAUCCAGGCAAUAAAGCAAUCACAAAACAAGAGGUUAAGCCCAACAUUAAGAAGGAGCCAUUCAACGGAUCAAUGGAUGCAUACUCUUUGCAAGCAGCAGAUGCAAUCAAGACCAUGUGCCCACAUCCUGCCUACUAUGCAAGGGGAGGCCUCCCCACAACUGGCCAGCCCUCUGCAGGAGACCCAGUAAAUGGCUAUAACCAGAAUCUGCCAGCAUCGCACUAUGGCUUCUACAACUACCCCUCCAAUGCACUUUUUGCGCCCAAGAUGAGGACCUACGAGGGUCGCAGCGGCUCUUUGUCCAAAGCAGGCAGAAUGGCUUUCCAGCUAGACAAUAAGCCUGAUAUUCACAGCUUUCAGGCUAGACUAGCUCAUUCCUAUCCCGGCCAUCCAGCGCAACCAACCCAAAAUAAUAGCCAGUCUUCAGACUACAACCAGUCACGUCCUUCUUCAGUCCCCUCUGAUGCCUCCAAUAUAGGCACCCCAGUCAUCAAGCAGGAGCCAAUGGAUAUGCCAGUCUGUGAGGACACAGGGCUGAGUCAAGCCGGUGCCACCCAACCUACAAACUGGCCAGGAAAUAGGUCCAAUGGAAGUCUCGUUCCUACAAACUGGGAUCAUCAAAAUCCGAAACAACACCCUGAAGUCUCCUUUUCUAACGCAGAAAAGCAGAUGCUCCACCAGCAUUCGCAGCAGCAACCCUCUCCUUACCCCCAACCGUGGACGUCCUUCCCUGCCUCAAAUACUCUGAUGGAAUCCACUGCUGCAUCACCAGUCCCCCAUGUACCUCCCUCCUCCUCUCCUCAUUUAGGCACCCUGCGUAACAUACACCAAGGAUCUCCACGUCCAUCCACCCCACGCCCAAGCACCCCUCAUCCGGGUACACCGCAGCCAGGUAUCACUCACCCAUUCUUAAUUCCACACCCUGGCAAUUCUCAUUCCCCCUCACAUAUACCACAGCCUGCCACUCCCAGGCAGUGGGCCAGCCCUGCGCCAAGUCCCGAGCCAAAGUCUUGGACUACGGGGCACGGUGCAUAUAGCCCUGGUUUGAAGCACAGCAAUCCUGCCGGUGCCUACCCAGACAAGAUGUGGUCCAAAACGGGUGAAAGUCGCUGUUCCACUCCCCUUGGGGUUCAAGAGAAAGCCUGGAAGUCCUGUGGAGGCUCAGUCGCAGGCAGUACACCAUCCCCUGCUCCUGAGGGACGCCUCUUCCCUGACGCCCUGCAGCAGUCAGAUCAGGCUUGCUGGGACCCCAGUCGAGCGGAGAGUGACGCUGAGAGCACCAGGGGCCACGAGGAAGAUGACGACGAGGUGUGGUCUGAUAGUGAGCACAAUUUCCUCGAUCCCAACAUUGGGGGAGUAGCGGUAGCUCCAGCCCACGGGUCCAUCCUAAUUGAAUGUGCCCGUCGGGAACUACAUGCUACCACUCCGCUCAAAAAGCCUGAUCGCUCCCACCCCUCUCGCAUCUCUCUGGUAUUCUAUCAGCACAAAAACCUCCAGCAACCCAUCCACGGUUUGGCUCUGUGGGAGGCCAAAAUGAAGAUGCUAGAAGAGCGGGCGCUCCAGAGGCAGCAGGAAGCAGCUCUCCUGGGCCUCUCCCAGGAGGAAAUCAAGGCGCUUAGCAAGAAACGCAAAUGGGGGGCCACAGCGGCAGGGGCCACGUCAGGUGCUGGACAAUCGAAAGACAAGAGGGAGGGGCCAGUGACACGGUUAGCUCCCACUUUCCACACCACCUCAAUGGUUAAUGUGUCUCCCUAUGCCUUCACGCAGCUCACUGGGCCUUACAGCCACUUUGUGUGACGUCAGCCACCAAAAGCUAGCGGGUGGGGCAAAUGUGGAGCCAGAUAGAGGGAUGAGCAAGAUGAAUGUCUCGAGCAUGUCACACAGUCUGCCAUCUCUCCAUCUUCCCCCUCUGCAGUCCACACUCAGAAGUGGGGGACAUUUUUAUUGUUGUUUUUUUACCUCAUGUCAGGCAGUUUUGGGGCUUUCGACAAGCUGCCUGUGGUGCUCUUCCUCUCCCUUCCCUGGAGAGGAACUCCAUUGCUUUUUCUUGUUUAUAGAAUUUGAAUGAUUCUAAAUAUUGCUAUUAUUAUACAUAUUAUUAUAAUUGCAAUUGUUACUGUCAAUGUUGUUAUUGCAGGUAUUGUAAUAUGAAGAAUUGUUGUUGUUUUUUUUUUUUUAUCAUGGUUGUUUUCAAUAAUGUUAUUAUUAAUGACGUGAUUUGUUUUUCGUUCGAUAUAUUUUUAAGCAAGUCUGAAUCGGUCAGACUUUCUUUUUCCAUGUUUGGAAAACUUAUUGUCUUUUCUUUGUCAAUCUUCCAGCUGUAUUAAAAGGAGGAGCCAUUAUCUGCCUGACAAGAGAUCAGUCUCUUUAGUACAAGUUAGUGGACUGGAUAACUCAUUAUCAUGACGAAAGUUUCAACUUCACUUUGAGCUCGUGAAAAUUGGGAGAAAUAUGUUUUAAGACUGGAAUUUUCAAUUGACCAAUUUCACAGUUGUGGGAUGAAACAUAUUUUUGCAUUAUUUGUGACUGCUAUUCGCCAGAAUGCGCCUCAUGUUUCUGUUCACAUUGUGAACAGAAUUUUCCCAGUGGGAAAUUUUCCCUUUGAGAAACACGAAAACAAUAUCUUAAUUUUCAUCGAGACUGACAAAAAAAUGGUUUGUGUUUUUUCUGCAGGUACUCCUGUUUCCCCCUCAUCCCAAAAAGCAUGCCUCUUAGUUUGGUUAUGUAUUGGAAAAGUAAUGUUUCUGGAGAAAUGAAGUAGUUGUGUCCUUGCGAUGAAAGCAAUUGGCAUUUUGCAAAAAGAAGGAAGGUAAAGAACACAUCUGCAAUAAGAGCAGAUCUCUUGUCAUUCUUAAUGUGCUCCUCCUCCUGUUCUACACCCCAGCAGCUUAUGACUGGUGCUCAACUUCCAGGUCUGAGGGAUUUUCAUUCACCUACUGUAUACUCUUCAUGGCACUUGAUGCUCUACUUCGGUGCUCUAACUAAAAUCGAGGUCCUGUAGUUUGAGAGAAAAUGUUUUCUAGCUCAUCUACUACACCACCACAAGUGUGUUUUUUGUGCGUGUGCUUGUCUUGUUUGCAAAUUCCACCUGAUCCCAGAUCUGUAACUAUUACAUCAAAGAGGAUCUCGUUAACUUCCUCAGUAAGGAGUGAACACUUUGAAGUGUAAACUCUAGAGGGCAGACUUGACUGCCCUUUCAAAGUGGCACGUUCAGACAGCAGACACUUACUAGCACUUACAGUGAGUUUCAUUCAGAAGCCAGUAGCGCCUUGCCUUGCUGCAUCAACCCUCCAGGGCCAAGCCGGCAGAGGGGUCACUGAGCUCUGACAGGUUUACCAAAGGCAGUGGUGAUCUUUGUCCAAAUGAAGCUCAAAUGUGAAACUAUUCUGGAAAGAACCUGGGUUAGAACAUAAGUGAUAGGAGUACUUUUAGUGAUCCAUACAUACACUCUGGUGCUCUCCUUCUACACUUGAUUUACUGUGAAGGCCCAUCCUCUCGUCUGCAUGGUGCUGUCAUCUUCGAGCAGAGCACGACGGGUCCUUCUGCAGGCACCUCGUAAACAGAUUGUUUGUUUCCCAUUUGUUGAUGGAACAAGCUUAGAUUUAAUGGUGUGGCUUCUGGGAGUUGGUACCUAAUGCAACGAGUCAAUCAAUCUCUCACUUUGCAUGUGUGUUUGUGUAAAAGAGCCAAAGAGUGAGACAUGUGGAUGAUUUGCUUAUUUUGAGUUCAUCCCCAUGAACCAUGCAUUCAGAAGUGGAUGCAUGGUUUUGUCACAAAAAGGGGGGUGUAAUUAAAAACGAGUGAAUAAUUUUGAUUGCAUGCAGGCUGACUCCCGGUUGCUGGGCAGUUUUUAGGGUCGCGACACUUUUCAUCUGUGAAAAGACCUUGUUAGUCUCCAGCGCUCUACCUCAUGCCGUAGAGACACUGGUCACAAUCACAACUUGCUACUGAGGGCAGAGAAUCAUGCAUGUACCUUUGUGAACUCAAGAUCUCCACAAUCACUUUACCUUUUUUUUUUUUUUUUUUUAAGUUUUAUUUAUUAAUGGUGAUGAUAAUGAUUGUCCUUGGGUUCUUUUUUUUCUUUUCAUUUUUAUAUAGCUAAUACAAAUUGUACAUAGAAAAGAACAGAUUUUUAAAAGCACUUUUAAACUUGAUUUUAAUGACAAAAAGAAAGCUGAUUAUUGACAACUUGAAAGUUAGUUUUUUUUAAUUUUCUGAAGAGAUAGAUACAUAUGUAAAUAGUAAAAUAUUUAGGUAAAACUAUUUAACUGGUGAGGAUAGUAUGUAAAUCCUAAAAGUGUAGGGGGUAUUUUGACAACAGUACGCUUGGUCUCUGUGUUUUGUGUGUACAUGUACACUUCGUAACACAUUUGUUCUACUCUCACAAGUACUGUAACUGUAUCCUAAAGUCCGCAUGUAACUGGUUAAAGAACGUUACUCGCGAAACACAAGCUAAAACGUCCAAUUUAGAACACUUAAAUGCAUACAAAACUGGAGAAUAGCAAGUUUUUACUACAAACCUUAAACCUGCAAAACAACAGUAUGAUCUCAAGUCAUUUAGCUUGCCAUAAAAGUGGAAAAUAGUUUUGCACCAAAGGUACCAAGACUCACCUCCUGAAGCUGACUUGUAUGCAAAUGUUCUAUGUUAUUCUUCUUAUUAUUAUUAUUAUUCCAGAAUCCAAACUAAAACUAUCUGAUGUUUAAACUAGCAAACAAGACUGUAAGCCUUAGCUAGUGAGCUUUAGAGUUGCUGGUAGGUCAGGUUUGUUACCUUAAACCACACUGAGGCUGCUUUUUCAUGCUUAGGUUCAGUCGUUACAAUGCAAUCGCAGUUAAGUGACUGAUAGAGGGAUGGAAAAGCGUUAUCAACCUGUAGGCAAGUAACCAUAUCCAAAAGGAGUGCUUUAAGAAAGACACUGGUAUCUGCAGAUGCAGUCUCAAGCUACGUCAUGGGGGGUGUUCACUGCUUGUUUGAUUUGACCCAUCAUUAUUAUUGUCUAUAGUUCUCAACUUAAAUAUGCACCCUGCAGAAUAUCUUUGUUAGAAACGUUUUCUUGUAGUAAUUCCUUAUUUUUACUUUUCAACCACUAUGAACAGCCCGCGUCACAUACUUGGAUGCAAAUGGUGCAUACAGCGAACGUUUUGAAAUACAUGAAAAGUUUGGUUGUUCUCUGGGAGUUGGUGCUACAACACAAAACCUUAAAGUCACUGUGCAAAUUAUUAUUUGGUUUACCACAGCUGUUUUUCUGAAAAUGUCAAGAGAAUUCUACAUUUGAUCAGAGUUUUUAGAAGAUCACAAACUGCCAUGGCGCUUAGUAUUUUAUUACAAUGCUGCACAUCCUUUUGUACGUUGCAACUCUGAUGAGGAUAAGUGGUAUAGGAAAUGAAUAGAUGGACAUCCCGUUUUAUUACACUCAACCUGUCAUUUGCAUUCUUUAUUAGUCUUCAUUCCACAUACUGUACUUGAACUCCUGUAAUCUUAGACGAUAAGUAACUUUGUAUUAUGUGAAGACUGUUAUCUGGAUUUUAUGUUUGGUACAUCACAUGGAAAUGACCCUUUUAGGAUGUUGUUGUAAAUGUUACUGUGCAGAGUGCUGAGAUAUUUGAACAAGAAGAAUAGAAAAUGUGUACUGCCUCCUUUAUCUUCUUAAUUCUACUUGUUUGUGUAUUUCGCCUUUUGUGGACACGCACAUAGUUAGACUUUUUUCAUCACACUGUGCAUGGCCUACUUUUUUAUAAGUCCAUUAAACACCUAAUUGAAUGAAACUCAAAAUUUGGGAAAAGCAACCCUGAAUAAUACAAAUGAAGAGGAAAAAAAAACCUACCUACAUAACUGGCAGCUACAUUACUUUUCCAGUUUUCUUGUUUAAUUUUCCAUGUCAAGGAUGCAGUAUGUAAAAAGUGGUUUUGUUCUCUCUUUGUAGCUGUAUGGUGUAUUAUGUGAAUACAUAGUGUAUUUGGUAAAAUACCACAAUAUUGUUUUAUGUUGGGCUAUAAAUAAAACAUUGAAGUGAGA